CCCAACCCAAAGUUGCAAUCUAACUCAGAUCAGUUGUAGUGAUGAUUCAUGUUAUUUCACAGUAAAUAUCUUCUCAUGCAUCAAUUAAUCAUGCUUUAUGAACUGAUAUAUUGAUAAUGUGACAAUGAAAGAAAAUUGGGAUUUAAGGAGGAAAUCCAUCAGACUGGUGUGUACAGUAUAUCACCAACAGACUUGAAUAAUUAAAUAUGAGCUUGAAUCAGUGACACAACCUGAAGUUUGUGCAGGGAAAGUAAGAUGCUAUAGAGGAGUGUUGAAACUCCUCCUCCUCUGUGUCUUUAUAAGCCUCAGUCUCUCUUGUCACCACACUCCAGCACCCUGCUCACCUCUCUUCCUGACAGUCAGACUCUCUUACACCACACACUGACAACAUGCUGGGGACCCUCUGCACUCUCAUCACUGCUCUAACAUAUGUUGAUGCAGCGAUCGUGCUGACCCAGACGCCUGCUGUCCACACAGUUUCUGCAGGACAAGAGGUUGUUCUCAGCUGCAACAUUCAGAGAGAUGAUGGCUAUUCUGCACGGUGGUAUAAACAGGUUCCUGGUGGGGUUCCUCAGUAUGUUCUGAAGUUUCACCACAGCAACAGUUCACCAAGCUUUGGAACAGGAUUCUCUUCAGACCGAUUUCACUCUAAAUCCUCAUCAAACAUAGAUUACCAGUUCAUUAUAAAGCGAGCAGAGGCAGGAGAUUCUGCUCAGUAUUUCUGUAGCACAUAUGAUGACUCUGCUUCUGAACAUGUAUUCGGACAAGGCACCAAGCUGAUUGUGGCGGACUCCAGUCUCCCUCCUCCUGUCCUGACUGUCUUCCCUCCGUCCAGCGCUGAGCUCCAGACCAACAAAGCCACUCUGGUCUGUCUGUCCAGUCAGUCUGUGCCUUUUGCAGAUGUGACCUGGUUGCUUGGCGGGAGUCCAGUGAGCAGCGGAGUCUUCACCAGCGCUGCUGCUCACCAACCGGACCAGACUUUCCAAAUCAGCAGCCAUCUGAGCGUCCAGACGUCAGACUGGAACCAGGAUAAGCUUUACACGUGUAAAGUGUCGCUGGGCUCCCAGACGUCAGAGAAAACCAUCAACAAGUCGGUCUGUCCCACUGCAGAAUAACAGAGGAGCAGAGUGACCAUUUAAAACCUGCUUCUUCUUCUGUUUGUGCUGUUUGCUCAUCAAUAUGUUCAAGAGUUUGUCUGCUUGUAAUACGUGCUGUGAACAUUAGGUGGAGCUGUUGUGUGACAUUUGUAACAGUUGCUUAAUUUGUUCGAUGAAAUAAAAAAAACAUUGCAAUCAAAAA